CAUGAACGGCCUAAUUGUGAAUUGCCCAUUCCAGCGAAAGACCAUAACAGUAAGCAUCCCGGAACCCGCGUGGCUGGAAAAGGACGGGGGUGGUGUCAAAGAUUUUCGCAAAAUACAAAAUGGCUAGGGGUUUUUGUAUUUUGCGAAAACUCGCCGAACAUUGUCCGAAAUAUUGGCUUCUAUUUAAAAUCUUGUCAAUUGAGUAGGCAUCAAAAGACUCGAUAAAAUUAAAGAAUUUUCGCAAAAUACAAAUGACCAACUAUUGUCUUAUCGGGGUGAAGACCCUUCUGGUGUUAAGGGUCCUUUUUUAUUUAAGUACUUUAAGGUCCUAGGUCUCAGCGUCUUAGGUUCUGGUUUUUACGGUAUGCCGGUUUCUGCCAAGACAUUUACUAUUAUCAUGUUUUGACUCGUAGUAUCGUUGAUUGACACUUUAAGUUAAAACUUGCUUAGUCAUGCUGUGAACACGUUUUUUACUACUUUUACGCUAAAUACGUAAUGUGGCCUAGUAUUACAUCCUGAUCGUUUAUUCAACCUUAGUUUAUCUUUUAAGAUACUCUCCAUGGAAUUCUAAUAGCUUCUACAUAAUACUACACUCAGAUCUGUGCCCUUGAAAUGCCAGUUUUGGUUAUUUCUUGUCAGUCAGUGAUGCUUCUGUUUGUAUUAUGUGAUAGAAUGAAGUUAAUGCAUAAUAUCCUUAUAAUUGCCUGGUGCAUUCAGUUAUUAUUGGAGCGCAUUUAUUUGCGGCUAUUACUAGAACAGGGAAUGGGGAACCGGGGAACCGGGGAAUCGGGGAAUCGGGGAAUUGGGGAAUUGGGUAAUAUCGAAACCAGUAAGCCAAGGUACCAGUUUUAUACCUUGUACGAGAGGUCUUUGCGUAAAUACUUCAUCUCUAAGACCAAAACACACAUCAGUGCAAUACAGUUUUUUGUUAGAUUUCAAUAAAUACCAAAACUCCAUGGCUACAGGCAUUCCAACAGCGAGGCACUUUCAAAACCAUAUAUCACUUUUUACCCAGACAGCGCAAACAAUAGACUGUCUGAUGUCUACUGAGACGGCUUUGAGGACUGCAUGGCAUUCACCUGACCCUGAAAACCGCAUUUAUUCUUUAUAUUCGAAAAGAAUGGAAAGUUAUGUUGUCAAAAUUUAAACUAACUACCGAAGUUCCGUUAAAGAUUAGGCGACAAACAUCACCUUGAAUUUGAAUUCAAUUAAAGUAAGAUUGUUUUGCAUUAAGAGGCUGAUAGGGGAGGUUUUGCACUGCAUAUAGAGCUGUAAAAAUUAAACUUAUACAAUUUGAUGGCUUUGAGCAAGAGACGAUAAAAAAAGCGAGACUGCUAAAGGAACCGAGAAAGCAGGGCCUAUUUUAAGAAAUUUUUAAUACUGCACAAUUAUAACUACAUUUUUUAUAGGAAAUUUUGUUGUUGCAAUUUUUGGAAAUUUCUUGUCAUUUCUUUUUUGUUUCUUUUCAUAAGAGAGUCUUUCCGAUGGUCAUACGAGAUUUGCAUUACAUGACCUCUAUAUCGAACUGACGGGGAAAAUUCACAUUUUGUGAACAAAGCGAGAAUCUGGGAUAGCGGCAAUUAGACAUUUUCACAAAUCCCAAAAUUCAAUACUGCACAUUUUCGAAAUCAAUACUGCACAUUUUUAAAUUAAUACUGCACAAAGUGUGUAAUACUGCACACUAAAAUAGGCCCUGCGAGAAAGCAUGCAAAUAUUGUCGAUUUUCUUAACCAAGUCUCAACCAAUUCCACUGAUUAUCAAAAUUUUGCGAAAUUUUGCAAUAAUUCUUCCCUGAAUGCAGAGACCGCCCUCUUAAACAGUUUGUAGCGAUGCAUUUAUGGUCCCAAAAAGUGGACACACUGGUUUUUUUUAUUUUUCUCAAACUUUUCGAUUUUAGGCCGGGAAAAAGUUAUAAUCAGCGAAAAUUUGAAAUAAUUCUUCCCUGAAGCAGAGACCGCCCUCUUUGACAGUUUGUAGUGAUGCAUGUAUGGUAUUCUAAUGUACGAAAACCCCAAAACGUGAACACGCUUAUUUUUUCAAACUUUUCGAUUUAAGGCCGGGAAAAAGUGAUAAUUAGCGAAAUGUUGUUAGUCCGUAGUGCAGACUUCCGCUUUUUCUGUAUGCUCAUGGCUGGUCUGUCUUCCGCACUGGGUCCACAGAAGUGAAUAUUUGAGAUAUGGUUUGAGAAUUUUGGCGUACUUUGAUGUUAUUUGACCAUAUUUUUUCAUAUUUCGUAUUAUUUCACAGUAUUUCGCAAUAUUUCGUUUCGUUUCGUUUCGUUGAUUAUAAUAAGCCUUUUCAAUAACACGGUUAGCUGUUUCAGUGGUAAUAGACAAAACUCUGUCGUACGCUUUGCACAGUCCUAGCUUGUAAUAAGCCUCAAUCAAAGAUAUAUCUCUAGUGGCACCAUAAUUUUUUAAAGCAGCAUAUAAAAAAGUGAACAUUCUCUAAAUUUAACAUGAUGGGUACUUCUGUUGGAUUCAGUUCGCUGACCUCGAUUUUUUACAACACAAUUUAAGAGAAUAAGUUGUGAAAUUGUGAGGCAUGCUUGGCUGUCAUUCGGAUCAAACUAAGUGGUUUGACCUUUCAACAACAAGCGAACAAGGGUUUUCAAUGCUGCAGGAACAUGAUCUUUGUGACAGUCUUCAGCAAAUGUUCCAUUAAAUGAAUUCUUGAUCUUCUACAUGUCCUUUCUUGUUAUGUUUGCAGCUUUAACUAAAUGCCAAGCAUCUGAAUCUUUUCUCUUUGGUUCUCUCAACACCUCCAGCAACUUCGUGCUUCAAUGCAAACAAAACUUACACAAAAAUAUACAUCUUUUAGCAGAAAAUUAGGCAAUUUGUGAUUUUUGCCAAAGGGAGUCCACUAAUUUGAAUCGACAUAGCAAUUAUUGGCUUACAUUGUAAAUCAUACAUAUCGAAAGUCGCAAUAAUUAACAUAGAAUCACUAUAGAAGCACUAGUAUUGUGUGGUGUACUGAACAUUUUCAUAUGUAUCUUUAUGGAAAAAGUUUCAACCUGAUAACAGAUCACAAGCCUUUGGAGGUGAUUUAUGGGAACCCUAAAUCAAAACCAUCAUUACGCAUUGAAAUAUGGGUGCUCCGCUUACAGCAAUAUUGUUUCGAAGUUAUUUACAAGCCCGGAAAAGAUAAUCCGGCUGACUUCAUUGCAAGACAUCCUACAACAGUCAGUGUCAAAGAAAACAUGGCAGAUGAGUAUGUGAGAUAUAUUACAAUAAAUGCGAUACCAAAAGCCACGACCAUUGAAGAAGUACAAAGAGAGAAAGAAAAAGAUGGGACACUCCAAGCAGUCAAAAAAGCAAUUGAAACAGGAGAUUGGAGUAACUAGUUUUUAAUAGCUUACAAGCUAGCCAAAGAUUCAUUGACAAUUAAUCAUGCAAAUGGAAUUAUUUUGCGGGGAAACCAAAUUGUCGUGCCUAAAUCAUUAUGGAAAAGAUCAGUAAAACUAGCUCACGAGGGUCACCAGGGCCUUGCUAAGACUAAAGCCCUUAUCAGAGAAAAAGUUUGGUUUCCAUUUAUUGAAAAAUUGGAAACAGAAGAGGUUAGUAGCUGUUUACCUUGUCAAGCAGUAGGAACACAAAAAGCACCAGAACCAUUGCGAAUGAGACCUAUGCCAUCUGGACCUUGGAAAAAACUGCAUAUUGACUUUUAUGGACCACUUCCAAGUAGUGAGUAUAUACCUGUUAUUGUAGAUGCUUAUUCUAGAUUCCCCAUAACAGAAAUUGUAAGAUCUACUGCUGAUCCAACCAUUAUUCCAAAAUUAGAUCAAGUUUUUGCAAUGCAUGAACUUCUUGAAGAAAUAGUAACAGACAAUGGUCCACCAUUUAAUGGUGAUGAUUUUGAAAGAUACUUGAUGACUCUAGGAAUAAAGUUUGACCCUUCUACACCAUUAUGGCCCUAAGGGAUCCCAGAGGUAGAGAGAUUUAAUCAACCUCUAGAAAAAGCAAUUAGAGCUGCAUGUAUAGAAAAUUGGAGACAAGAACUUCAAAGAUUUUUAUUGAGUUAUAGAUCCACCCCACAUGCAACCACAAAGAUUGCACCUUCAGAACUGUUAUACAAUAGGGUCAUUAGAGGGAAACUACCUUGUUUAAUCAAGACAAGUAAAUCUAAAAGACACAGAGAAGCUCAGGAAAAUGAUGCAGUAGGGAAAGAGAAGAUGAAAAGCUAUGCAGACAAAAGAAGACACACAAAGAUUUCUGAUAUCAAAGUUGGUGAUACAGUUUUGUUAAAACAAGAUAAAAAGAACGAGUUUUCUGCAAACUUUGAAAGCACUACUUACAACGUUAUAUAUCGUAAAGGUUCCAGAGUAACAGCAGAAAGACAAGAUGGAUAGAAAUAUAAGCUUUUUCAAAAAGUUUAGUAAGAAAGAUGAUGAUGAUGAAGAUUUGUCUGAUGAUGAAAAUCACAAAAAAACAGAAACAGAUGAAGAGAAUAACAGAGAAAACAGAUAUCCUCUUAGACAAAGGCGAAUGCCUGAAAGAUAUGGAACAGUUGUAGCAACAGACUAGGAGGAGAAUUUAUCUUAUUUCUUUUAUUUUUAUUUUUAAAUACUAUGCAAAGAGAACAGGACUCAAAGAACAAACACGUUAUGUUAUGUUUGUGUUGUCAAAAAAAGGGGAAUAAUGUAAUGCUUUAUGGUCAUGAUUAUUAUUGUAUAUGUAAGACCCAGGCCCCCGGAAUCUAAGUUAGAGUGGAUACACGAGGCCAGUGGCGGCGCCAACUAUUACAGAGUGGGAGGGUAAUGGGCGUGGCCAGUGUGACCACACCCAUUUUGCCUCGUUCCAGUGAUUCGUCCCUUUCCUUCGGAAAUUUGAUCUACCCCUACCCAGCGCUUUUUAAUCCAUUUUUAGAAGAAAUAUAUAGACCAUAUUUUCAAAAAAGUGGGGAGGUAAUUACCCCCCCAUACCACCCCUUGGCGCCGCCACUGCACGAGGCAGACAACAAAUGGUGUACUUUCUGCGUCCACCCUUCAAUAUCUGACAGAUAUGCAACAGGUGAUGGACAAUUUCUCGUCCGCCUGUGACAACUUUGGCCUCACCAUCAGCACGAAGAAGACGGAAGUGCUGUACCAGCCCGCGCCAGGAAAGAAAAAGAUGGGACACUCCAAGCAGUCAAAAAAGCAAUUGAAACAGGAGAUUGGAGUAACUAGUUUUUAAUAGCUUACAAGCUAGCCAAAGAUUCAUUGACAAUUAAUCAUGCAAAUGGAAUUAUUUUGCGGGGAAACCAAAUUGUCGUGCCUAAAUCAUUAUGGAAAAGAUCAGUAAAACUAGCUCACGAGGGUCACCAGGGCCUUGCUAAGACUAAAGCCCUUAUCAGAGAAAAAGUUUGGUUUCCAUUUAUUGAAAAAUUGGAAACAGAAGAGGUUAGUAGCUGUUUACCUUGUCAAGCAGUAGGAACACAAAAAGCACCAGAACCAUUGCGAAUGAGACCUAUGCCAUCUGGACCUUGGAAAAAACUGCAUAUUGACUUUUAUGGACCACUUCCAAGUAGUGAAUCCACCCCACAUGCAACCACAAAGAUUGCACCUUCAGAACUGUUAUACAAUAGGGUCAUUAGAGGGAAACUACCUUGUUUAAUCAAGACAAGUAAAUCUAAAAGACACAGAGAAGCUCAGGAAAAUGAUGCAGUAGGGAAAGAGAAGAUGAAAAGCUAUGCAGACAAAAGAAGACACACAAAGAUUUCUGAUAUCAAAGUUGGUGAUACAGUUUUGUUAAAACAAGAUAAAAAGAACGAGUUUUCUGCAAACUUUGAAAGCACUACUUACAACGUUAUAUAUCGUAAAGGUUCCAGAGUAACAGCAGAAAGACAAGAUGGAUAGAAAUAUAAGCUUUUUCAAAAAGUUUAGUAAGAAAGAUGAUGAUGAUGAAGAUUUGUCUGAUGAUGAAAAUCACAAAAAAACAGAAACAGAUGAAGAGAAUAACAGAGAAAACAGAUAUCCUCUUAGACAAAGGCGAAUGCCUGAAAGAUAUGGAACAGUUGUAGCAACAGACUAGGAGGAGAAUUUAUCUUAUUUCUUUUAUUUUUAUUUUUAAAUACUAUGCAAAGAGAACAGGACUCAAAGAACAAACACGUUAUGUUAUGUUUGUGUUGUCAAAAAAAGGGGAAUAAUGUAAUGCUUUAUGGUCAUGAUUAUUAUUGUAUAUGUAAGACCCAGGCCCCCGGAAUCUAAGUUAGAGUGGAUACACGAGGCCAGUGGCGGCGCCAACUAUUACAGAGUGGGAGGGUAAUGGGCGUGGCCAGUGUGACCACACCCAUUUUGCCUCGUUCCAGUGAUUCGUCCCUUUCCUUCGGAAAUUUGAUCUACCCCUACCCAGCGCUUUUUAAUCCAUUUUUAGAAGAAAUAUAUAGACCAUAUUUUCAAAAAAGUGGGGAGGUAAUUACCCCCCCAUACCACCCCUUGGCGCCGCCACUGCACGAGGCAGACAACAAAUGGUGUACUUUCUGCGUCCACCCUUCAAUAUCUGACAGAUAUGCAACAGGUGAUGGACAAUUUCUCGUCCGCCUGUGACAACUUUGGCCUCACCAUCAGCACGAAGAAGACGGAAGUGCUGUACCAGCCCGCGCCAGGAAACACUUACCAAAAACCAAACAGAACAGUGAAGGGUCAGAGGCUUCAAGCCAUGGAGCACUUCACCUAUCUCGGUAGCACACUAUAUCGCUCUGCUAACAUUGAUGCUGAGGCCAACAACCGCAUUGUCAAGGCCAGUGUAAUAUAGUAUAAACAUGGACACCCUAUGUCGUAAUCCUUGUGAUAUUUUAAUAUGUUGUUGUUGUGAAUCCUAACGAUUGUUCUGUUCAGUUGUUAUUAUUCGACCGAUGUGUACAGUUGUUUCUCUCUGACUAAGAUCUAUUUGUGAUAAAACAAGAAUAUAACAUUGGCGACGAGGAGAAAAUUUCGUUUCUCAUGUUGUGUUACAAUUUCUUCAAGUAGUCAUGUCUCAACUUCCAUCUGUUUCGAUCAAACCAGUAGCAGAAUUUCGUCCUCAUGCGGAAGUGGGAGCAAGCCUUGCCACCCGUUGGAACGACUGGCUGGAUGAUUUCGAAAUGUUUUUGGUAGCUAGUGGAAUUACUGAUAACACACGUAAACGCGCAUUGCUGUUGUAUCAAGCAGGACCGAGAGUCAGGGAAAUUUUUAAGAAUUUAACCGAUGUUGGUGAAGCAGAUGACUUCGACUCUGCGAAGGCUAAACUAACCGAGUAUUUUGAACCUCAAAAGAAUCGGCGGUAUGAAGUUUAUAGAUUUAGACAAGCAACUCAAGCACAACAAGAAACUCUUGAUCAGUUUCAUACCCGUCUAAGAACUAUGGCUCACAUGUGUGAAUUUCACGAUGUCGAAUUUGAAAUAGAAGAGCAAAUCAUCAUAGGAGGGACGUCAUCAAAAAUUCGGAAAAGGGCACUGCGAGACCCCAACUUUGAUUUAAAGGCCAUGCUGUUAGAAGGUCGCAGGGACGAACAAAGUACACUACAAGUCAAGGAGAUUGAAUCUAAGGAUAAAAAUUUUGCUGAAGCUAAUAAGCUCACAACACGCCAUACACAGGGCUCAUUAAAGUGUUUUAACUGUGGAGGAUCAUAUCCACACACAGGGACUUGCCCUGCAAAGGGUAGAGAGUGUAAAAUUUGCAAAAAACAAGGCCAUUUUGCAAAUGUUUGUCGUGAGAAAACUUCAGGCAACAAAUUUCGGCAACAAAGGGGCCCUCGCAACCAAAACAGAAAACCAAAGACCGUGCAUUCUUUGGACAAUACAUCUUUCGAAAAUAUGCCAUCAUCAGAUGAGGAUUAUUUGUAUGCUGUCAAUAACGGACAUUCCAAAAGCCCUAAAGUCGUUGUUACGGUUUGCGACACAGUUUUUCAGAUGACAAUUGACACUGGCGCCGCGAUUAAUGUUAUUGAUCAAAACACCUUUUCACGUAUGAAAGAUGUUAAUUUGCAGAAAACAAAUAUGAAAGCUUUUCCAUACAGCAGUUCAAAGCCUGUUCAUUUGAAAGGACAAUUCAAUGCUGUCAUAGAAACAAAGAACCGUCUCACUCUUGCUACGUUUUAUGUUAUGAAUGACUCAAGUAGCGGAAAUCUUUUAUCAUCGUCUACAGCAAUGGAUCUUGGCCUAAUAAGCCUUCAUUUGAAUACCUUAUCAAGAAACGACACUCAGAUCGAUGCAAUACUCAAUAAAUACCCGGAAGUGUUUGAUGGACUUGGUAAGCUGAAAGAUGACACUGUUACUUUAAGUAUUGAUCACAGUCAGACGCCCAAAAUUCAGCCUCAGAGACGUAUUCCUUAUCAUAUGCGUCAGAAGGUAAAAGAAGCUCUUAAAAAGUUGGAAAAGGAGGAUAUUAUCGAGCGUGUACCAGCCGAUAAAGGGACACCUUGGGUUUCUCCUAUAGUCAUUGUGCCAAAAAAGGAUGGGGCGGUCAGAAUAUGUGUUGAUAUGCGCGUCGCUAAUAACGCAAUUAACCGCAUACGUCACCCUAUUCCUACAGUAGAUGAUGUGAGCUGUGCACUCAAUGGUGCGAAGUUUUUCUCAAAACUAGAUCUCAGCCAAGCUUAUCAUCAACUAGAACUGAGUGAAGAAAGUCGUAACAUUACUACUUUUUCAACUCAGGUUGGUUUAUUUCGUUAUAAACGUUUGAACUAUGGUACAAACGCAUCUGCUGAAAUAUUUCAGUAUACCUUACAGAAAGCAUUGCAAGGUUUGAAUGGAGUUCAAAAUAUCGCUGAUGAUAUUGUUGUAUAUGGAGCUACACGCGAAGAACAUGACGCUAAUUUAGACAAAUGUCUGGAACGUUUGAAGAAUAAAGGACUUACUUUGAACAAAAGCAAGUGCAAGUUUCUAAGUGAAACUUUGGAUUUUUUCGGUCAAAUCUUUUCAAAAGAUGGAACACGCCCUGAUCCUAAGCGUGUGAAUGACUUGCUCAAUGCAGCAGUUCCGAAAAAUGCUCAUGAUGUUAGAAGCCUACUUGGUAUGGCGAACUAUAGCAGUAAGUACAUACCAAACUUUGCCACUAUUACUGCUCCUCUCCGAGAGUUAACUAAGAAAAAUGCUCAUUUUUCUUGGAACACCGAACACCAGGCUGCUUUUACAAAGCUUACUACAGCCUUAUCGUCUGCUCCUUGUAUGUCAUAUUUUGACAAAAAUAAAGAAUCCUACGUACUGGUAGAUGCAAGUCCAGUGGGACUAUCAGCUAUAUUGUCUCAAAAGACAACAGGACAGGAGGAUCAAACAGUUAUUGCAUAUGCGAGUAGAGCUUUAACGGAUGUAGAGACAAGAUACUCGCAGACAGAGAAAGAAGCAUUGGCUAUCGUAUGGUCAGUGGAACAUUUUCAUCUAUAUCUAUAUGGACAUCCUUUUACGUUAAUUACAGAUCACAAACCGUUAGAAGUGAUCUACGGCAAUCGCAACUCUAAGCCCUCUGCACGCAUUGAGCGUUGGGUUUUGCGUUUGCAACCAUAUUCAUUCAAUGUCAUAUAUAAGCCAGGCAUUGAUAAUCCAGCUGAUUAUUUGUCAAGGCAUCCCGCUCCUAACAGUGGUAAAAAGCAACAAAUUAUGACUGAAGAAUAUGUGAAUUUCAUAACUGAACACAGCGUACCUAAAGCUAUGACAUUAAAAGAAAUUGCAGAUGCAACUUCUGAAGAUCAUGCUCUUAAAGGUCUUCGAGCCGCGAUACGAUUGAACCAAUGGAGUUCAAUUGCAAAGUCUUUUAGCAGUUGUAAAGAUGAAUAUACAAUUGGAAAAGGCAACAUUAUCCUUCGAGGGACAAGAAUCGUGAUUCCAAAUUCACUACAGCAAAAAGCAAUCGACUUGGCUCAUGAGAGUCAUCAAGGUUUGUCGAAAACCAAAGCUCUUCUUAGAGAGAAAGUCUGGUUUCCAGCUAUAGAUGAAAUGGUAAAAAAGACUAUAGAUUCAUGCAUAGCAUGUCAAGCGGUUGGUCAAGCAGCACCACCAGAGCCUAUUCAACCUUCAGACAUGCCAUCUGGGCCAUGGGAGAAGUUACAUAUCGACUUUUGUGGACCAUUACCAUCCAAUGAAUACUUAUUGGUUGUCGUCGAUAGGUACUCGCGUUACCCAGAGGUUGAAGUAGUUAAAUCGACAAAAGCUUCAUGUGUAAUACCGAAACUUGACAAAAUGUUCGCUACACACGGCAUUCCCGUUGCAAUAAAAACCGAUAAUGGACCACCAUUUUCAAGUGAGGAGUUGCGUCGAUAUUGUGAUGCAUUGAAUAUCAAACAUGAAUUCUCAACUCCAUAUUGGCCUCAAGCCAACGGCGAGGUUGAACGCUUCAAUCAGCCACUUGAAAAAGCCUUACAGACAGCUGCCAUUGAAGGAAAAGUUUGGCGUCAAGAGCUGCAAAGGUUUUUACUCCAAUAUCGUUCAACGCCGCAUUGCACAACAAAAGUUGCUCCAAGCCAAUUGCUAUUUAACAGGAAAGUUCGUGGGAAAAUACCAGAAAUUACUGGCAGAAUUGUGAUUAAUAAACACAAAUAAUCUCGCGAAAAUGAAAUUAAGAGUCAGAACUAUCACACGAAAUACGCAAAUCAACGUAGAAAUGCUAAAGAAAGCUCUAUAGCAGUUGGUGAUACAGUUCUAGUUAAACAACAACGCCGCAACAAGAUCACAUCUCGUUUUAGUAAGACACCGUACUUGGUUGUUGAAAGGAAAGGAACACAAGUAACUGCAGAAAACAGCCAAAAACACCGAGUCACGAGAAAUGUAUCUCACUUCAAGCGAUUCAAUAAUUCUGUAAUUCGCACAGAAGAGUCGGAAACAGAUAGUGAUGUUGGUAAUGAAGUAGCAGAACAACGUACUUCUCAGGAACACAGAAAUAAACAGACAGAAACUGGAACUGGAGUUAUUGGUCCAGGAAAUCGUCGUUCUCAAAGAUUAAGAAGACCACCAGAAAGAUUUGGCGAAGCUAUGCCAUCGAACAUUAUAACAUGAACAAAUAACUUCUCAAAAGGGGAAGUGAUGUAAUAUAGUAUAAACAUGGACACCCUAUGUCGUAAUCCUUGUGAUAUUUUAAUAUGUUGUUGUUGUGAAUCCUAACGAUUGUUCUGUUCAGUUGUUAUUAUUCGACCGAUGUGUACAGUUGUUUCUCUCUGACUAAGAUCUAUUUGUGAUAAAACAAGAAUAUAACAGCCAGUAGUGCAUUUGGGAGGUUGAGGAAAACUGUAUGGGAGCGAAGAGGUAUCUUACAGGACACAACAAUCAAAGUCUACAAGGUAGUUGUAUUGUCUACUCUACUGUAUGGUUGUGAGACUUGGACUAUCUACAAACGGCAUGAAAAACAACUACAACAUGUUCAUCUCCGGAGCCUUCCCAGCAUCCUCAACAUCUGCUGGCAAGAUAAGACUCCUGAUUCAGAAGUGCUGGAGAGGGCGGCGCUUCCCAGCGUUAUCACCAUCAUGAAAAAAGAGCAAACCCGCUGGGCUGGCCAUGUUUCCAGAAUGGCAAACUCACGAAUACCCAAUCAGCUAUUUUAUGGAGAGCUCAAGCACGGUGGUAGGAAAAUCGGUAGUCAGCGCAAACGAUACAAAGACACUCUGAAGGUCCACCUCAAAGAUUCAGCAUCGAAUCUCUUUUUUAAAAUUCGUUUCGAGACAAAAAAGAUCUGCAAAAUCAUAUUGAGUAAUCUGAUGUUCAACGCAUAAAAUACAGCUUUCUCCUUUUAAAAUUCAUUUCGAGAAAGAAAACACUCCACAGAAUGAUAUUUAAAAGGACAUUUAAAGGGCAUAUGUCAAUAAAAAGCGUUUCGAAUGGAAUUCCAUUGUUUCGUGACCUUUCAUUUCUUCUUCUUGAACUUUGACUGCCGUAAAAAUUCACCCUGGAUCCCAUGCUUUGUUUUUAACAAAAAUGAUGAUUGUAUUGCAUUCUAUCUCUAUAUUCCUCAAUCCACUUCAAGUUUUGGGCCUUAUUCCAGGGGGGCUUAUACCAGAGAUUAUAUAUAAAUUAUACAUAUCGACAGGGGUGUAGUGUUGUCGAAAUAACAAGGGGGGUUACUGAACGAAACGCUGCGAAAAAUAAUAGCAAAAGUAGAAAUCGGCCAUUUUUUGGUAUUAACAAGGGGGCUUGCCUGCAUAUCGAUCUUAGUAUGGCCCUAUUUGCACUGCAAAUAUGAUAAUGUUUGUCAAACCCGAUAUUCUCAGGCCAAUUAAAAAAACUUUCUCAUAAUCAACAAAGUUUGUCAGACUUUUGUUCGCAUUAGGCAGUUUUCUGAGAUGUUAUAUUGUUAUCUAACACGUUAUCAGGUUGCCAUUAAGAAAUUAUACCUUUUUAUAUCUUGACCUUUUUUGCUUCAAAUUUAUUACAAUACCUAGUCUGGUCUAAAACAGCUAACCAUAAAUUGGCAGUAGAAACAGGCAGAUGGGGCAAAUAAGUUCUGAUCAAAGAAUAUGUAAUAUGUGUUCAUCCAACGAAAUCGGAAACGAGUUCCACACACUCUUGAAAUGCCCUACUUUUCGCGUAUAAGAAACGAUUAUAUUCCUAGCCAUUUUGUUAAACACCCGUCUAUGCUAAAAUAUCAAAUAUUGAUAACAAAGACAGACAACAAUGAAAGACUCUUGGCCAAUAUUACAAGACUUAAUGGGAAAUUUUUAGGUACCAAAAACAAAUGCAGGUCACCUCCUGUAAAGCAGACUAAAUUAUUUGUUGUAAUUGUUGCUUCUCUUUCCUUGUUUGUUUUGGCUAAAUUUACAUAAACUUUAAUAGUUGUCGCUUAAUCAUGUUUGUACUGUGACUUGUUAUUGCUGUUAAUUAAUUAGUUUUUCUUUUUUCCGUGGAAUGCUCUAAUUUGUCAUUUGCCGCCUUUGAUAAGGGAUUUGCAUUGUCAGGUUUUUAGAUGCAAUGCGAAUAGGGCCUAUAUGAAUUCCAUAAUCCCGAGAAGCCC